AUGAACAAGACCGCGUCGCCCGACCCUGCGCAUCCCACCAACGAGGUCAUCGAUUCCCAACGCGACGAACAAACCGCGACUAUACCUCAAUAUGAUACCGAUCCGCCCUCAUCACCCCUUGAAUCCCUUGGAUCCGACGAUUUCGAAGGCCAACUGACCCCCAACGGCAACGACUUCAUCGGCCUACCCCUCCGCUCACCAUCACCGACAUCACCAUUAUCUCCAUCAACACCAUCGCCCUCGCCUCCUCCUCCCGCGCCUUCCUCCGACAUUGAUGAUGAGCAACGCCCUUCGAAGCGACGUCGCGUAUCCACGCCAUCUGCGCCUGGAUCCGGCCAGAAAAAGAAGCAAAUCUCCCCGCCAUGGAAGAAGAUCACCGCCGAGGGCCCGACCUCCUUCAUCGACAAUGGUAGACGCAAGUCCGGUCGAAUUAACACGAUCCCCCUCGAGUUCCAUCCGCCAUCCGGCAAGCGGAUGACGAGAGGAGCCCUUAACAGCAGUCCGCCCUCCAAGAACAAGUAUGCUUCCACCAACGGCCACGCAGCGACCCCGACGCCGAACGGAACCUCCAAGUCCAAGACUCCCUCGCGAAAACCUUCCACAGCAAAGCCUGCGCCGCCUCCGCCCAAGAGCACCACCCGAAAGUCGACUGCGAACGAGACCAAAUCUACCUCCCGAUCCACGCGCAAGCGAAGCCCAUCCCCAUCUGCUCAACCGACUAGGCAGUCGACACGGACAAGGCGGGGCCGCCGUAGCUCCAUUGACGAAGAUGCCGCAAGAGCUACGGCGGGUAGCCCAAACCGCACGCGAAUUAAGCUACGCGUGCGCGCGACCGAGCUACCCGUCGUACACCCGGGACAAGUCAGCAAGCGGUUAAGGAUUGGCCCCAACUUUGAGGAAUACUGGGAAAAGGCGCAGGCAAUACCUGUUGAGGAUGGCGGCAUGUACGUCCCAGAAGAGGGCCCUAGUUACACGGACGAGAUGGCCCAGAAGGAUGCCCAGAUUGUCUUGCGCAUCGAAGAGGCUGUGGAGCCCGGCGGUAUUCUUUCACAAGAGCGCUGCACUCUAUUUGUCCCCGAGGCGGAAGAGGAACCUCCGCGGCAAUGGGCUCAUGCAGACCACAUGGCCAAGGCUGUCACCAACUUCCGCAAGCUCAUGGUUGCAGAGCAGCAAAGACACCGAGCGCAGGCCAAGAGGAUUGCCGAAGCUUGCAAGGACGCUUGGCUCCGACGCCAACCAAAGUCAGCAGAGGAGCUUGAAGCCGAAGCACGCUAUGUAUGGAUUGGGCGGUACCGAGUGGUUGUCAAAAGCAUGUUUGGAACCUGGGAGAAUGUUCGCUACGAGAUUAACAGGCGGAGGAUCCAAGAAUGGGAAGCGGAGGAACAGCGGCGAGUCAAGGCUGCGCUUCAGGAGGCAGUGAAUCUGUCAGAACAGAAGCUGCAAGCAAGAAGAACGCAAGCGGACUCGGACAUAUCCGACGAGGAUGAUCUCGACGACGACGACGACAAUGACGAAGACCUUAACGAUCUCGACAGCGAUCUCGAGAAUAGUCAAGCCAUGUCGGUAGACGCCGAUGAUGAUGACUCCGGUAAUGACGACGACGAUGUCAUGUCAUCCUCAGAGGAGGAAGACACGAGCGAAGAUCACACUGGCGAUGCUGGCGACGAGAAGCUCACUAUGGAACAGCUUCGUGCCAAAUACGCCAACCUACCGGAGCUACCUCCCGAUGAGCAAGCCGAAAACAAACUCACCAAUGGCGUGGAGUCCGAGGCGGACUCAAAGGUUGUUGCAACCAGCCCCGGAGAAGACACCAGCGACGAGUCAGUCGAUAUGGAUGAUGAUAUGGGAUCCACCGAUAUGGACGACAGCGAUGAUGGCUCUGUUGCGGAUGAAGAGUCGGAAGAGGAAGACGGAGAUGAGGAACCAGCUGGAUUGUUGGGCAUGCUCUUUGGGAAAUCCGAGCUGAAGAAAAUCAAAAACGAUGCGCCGCUUGACGAUGCGGAGCCACAUGAGAGUACUGCAGCCUUGGUGGCGGAUGGCGCAUCUCCGCAGGCUGAGGCAUCAUCGAACUUCAGGAACGAAAUUGUGGAGGAUGAAGAUGACGAUGAAGUGUCUCUGAUCCAACACCCUGGUAUUUUCUUGGACGGCGACGAGAUGGAGGUUGACACAGAAGUACAAGCUACUGAGUCACUGAGUACGAAAGAAGCUGUUGGCGACCAGGCCGAUGGUAUCGAAAUUGCAGCCUCUCAGGACCAGCCCACCGCUAUUCCCCCGCAGUCGCCCAAGCCAGAUGAGGCCUUGGUCAAUGGUGUGGACAGUGAACCAACAGCCAAGAGUGUAGAGGCUCCCGACAACGCCGACGGCACACUUGAGGUAGUUGAAUCUGCUGAUACUGAAAUGGCGGAUGCGCCAUUAGAAUUACCAGAGGCACCAACAACCCCCCCGGCAUCUACCAACGCCCUUAUCUCAACAAAACGUGUCAGUCCCGAUACCGACAUCAUCACCGUUCCGCCAAGUCCAGAACAAAGCCACUCACCUCCUACGUCCGACACAAAGCCUUCAGAUGUCGAUACAAUGUCUUUGGCAACCCCAGGGGCAAAGGAUGUUGUCAGUCGAUCGGCCUCACCGAAUCCAAAUUCACAACAGACACAGAUCCCAUUUUUACUCCGUGGUACUCUGCGUGAAUAUCAGCACCAUGGACUCGACUGGCUGGCAGGACUGUACGCCAACAAUACCAAUGGCAUUCUCGCCGAUGAGAUGGGUCUUGGCAAAACUAUUCAGACCAUUUCACUACUUGCCCAUCUUGCUUGCCACCAUGAGGUUUGGGGACCACAUUUGGUUAUCGUCCCAACGAGUGUCAUGCUCAACUGGGAGAUGGAAUUCAAGAAAUGGUGCCCCGGCUUUAAGAUUCUCUCCUACUACGGUACUCAAGAGGAGAGAAAACGCAAGCGACAAGGGUGGAAUAAUGACGACGUGUGGAACGUCUGCAUUACAUCUUACCAGCUUGUCAUCCAAGACCAGCAGGUCUUCAAACGCCGGAGGUGGCACUACAUGAUUCUCGACGAGGCUCACAAUAUCAAGAACUUCAAGUCCCAGCGGUGGCAGACGCUACUCGGUUUCAACACUCGGGCCAGGCUUCUACUUACAGGCACCCCACUUCAGAACAACCUUACCGAAUUGUGGUCAUUGCUGUUCUUCCUUAUGCCAGCCGAAAAUGGUGAAGGGGGCUUCGCCGACUUGCAAGAGUUCCACGACUGGUUCCACAAGCCAGAGUCUCAAAUCCUGGAAAAUGGUCGCGAGACGAUGGACGAAGAAGCGCGAGCGAUCAUUUCCAAGUUACAUAAGGUCCUGCGGCCAUAUCUACUACGAAGACUCAAGGCCGACGUCGAAAAGCAGAUGCCGGCCAAGUACGAGCACGUCGAGUUUUGUCGCCUGUCGAAACGUCAGCGCGAAUUGUACGAUGGCUUCUUGGCUCGCACAGAUACCCGAGAGACGCUGUCCUCUGGCAACUACCUUUCCAUCAUUAACUGCCUGAUGCAAUUGCGAAAAGUGUGCAACCAUCCUGACCUGUUUGUGGAUCGCCCCAUCAUGACGUCUUUCAGGAUGCAGAAGUCCGUUCCGGCAGACUUCCAGGUUACCGAUCAGUUCCUGCACCGGUCUUUACUUGCAGUCGAGCCAAUGUCUAUUGUUAGCCUGGGGGUUCUGAACAUGAUUCCCACACAACACGAGAACAUGUCCAACACGACAGCGGAGCGCAUUUCGCAACUCAGCCUUCACAGGGUUCUGAUGGAACUGAGAGAGGCACAGAAUACCAGAGCCCACCUGGCUCGCACCAAUCUCGACCCUUCAUCAGUUGAGUCGAACAUUGUGUAUCUGGAUAGCCUGGCUCGCUGGCGCCGCUUCGAGGAAUUGCAGCACAGCGUGUACCUGAACGCUCUCCGCGGCCAACGUCGGCCCAUCUAUGGCAAGCGUCUGAUUGAUUUCCUGACGCUCGGAUUAGACGGUCGACCCCGGAAACCCAAGCCAAGAGUUCCUAAUCAGAUCUUGAACUGGUUCGCGGAAGACUCUGACUUUCUCCGUGCUGUCAUCCACACAUCCGAUGAGCGAGCCGAUUCCAUGCAGACCCUCAUCCAGAAGUUUACAUGUGUCACGCCCGCUGUUAUCACCCGCGACAUGAACGAGGUGAUUUUGGGAAGAAAGGCGGCGCAGGCCUUCACGGACGAGGACCUCAAACUCUCGGCGCCCGUCCGGUGGGCUCCUUUCAUGCCCAAGCAACCACCAAUCGACCCAUGGCACGAGUCUCGGAUGCGUCACAGCAUCCAGUUCCCGGACAAGCGACUAUUGCAAUACGACUGCGGAAAGCUUCAAGCCUUGGAUAAGCUUCUUCGCAAACUCCAGGCCGGCGGCCAUCGUGCCUUGAUCUUUACACAGAUGACCAAGGUCCUGGAUAUCCUCGAGCAGUUCCUCAAUAUUCACGGUCACAAAUAUCUUCGGCUUGAUGGACAGACAAAGAUCGAGCAGCGACAGAUUCUCACGGACAGGUUCAAUCAUGACCCACGCAUCUUGUGCUUCAUCUUGUCGACGCGUUCCGGUGGAUUGGGCAUCAACCUUACUGGGGCCGAUACCGUCAUCUUCUACGACCAAGACUGGAACCCAGCCAUGGACAAGCAAUGCCAAGAUCGAUGCCAUCGUAUCGGUCAAACUCGAGACGUUCACAUCUACCGACUCGUCAGCGAGCACACAAUUGAGGCCAACAUCUUGCGCAAGGCGUCACAGAAGCAGAUGCUGGACGACGUGGUUAUCCAAGAGGGCAGUUUCACCACGGACUACUUCAACAAGCUUUCCGUCCGCGAUGUGCUCGGUACCGAGGGAACAGACUUGGUCGAUGAUGCCGCUAAUGCCGCCAUGGACCGUCUCCUGGGUGGAGGAGAUAGUGGACCGUCACGAACCGUGGCUGAGGACCUUAAGCAGGCUGAAGACAAGGAAGACGUGGAAGCCGCCAAGGCCGCCGAGAAGGAAAUCCAAGACGACGACGCCGAGUUCAAUGAAAAGAGCGGUGCACCCUCCGGUGCCUCUAGUACCCGCCAAGGCACGCCGCGGGAGGACGUUGCCGGCCAACCAGGCGGUGGCGGCGGGCCCGGACCUUCGGGACUAGGCCGGUUCUCGGAGUCCGUUGCCCCGGAUGAGGCAGCAGAGAUUGAAAACAACGCGUGGGGCGAAAGGGUAUACACUGUGGACGAGUACAUGCUCCGGACGAUGGCGGAGCAGCUCAAGGGCACGGUGCUUGACCUGCCCAAGGAUAAGAAGAAGAGUAAAAAGAAGGGUCGCGACACGCGGAAGCGGUAG